AUGGGUUCAAAAACCAGUGGUGAUGCUGUGGAUUCAAUCCAGCCAUUAGAAACGGAAACACCGACUGAGCCACAGACAGAACCGAUAGAGACAGUAGCUGAAGCUCAAGCUGAAUCAAUUGCAACAACUCCCACAAAUGCGACACCCAAACUUCGAUCCAUUGCAUGGGAUAAUUUUAAAAAAACUGAAGCCGGGGAUAGGGCCAAAUGUCACCACUGUUCUACCUUGAUAAGUUGUAAGGGCAAGCAAGGUACAAGUACUAGUGUUAUGUUAAACCAUUUGAGAAGAUGCAAAGCAAAGUUGGAUGAGGUUCAAGAUGAAGAGCGGCCGGGAAAGAGGAUUAAGCAGGAUGGUUUGAAGGAGUUUAUGGGUCCAGUUGAGAGAAUACGUGCUGCAGUUCUUUUUGUCAG